GCAGAAGCACCUUACCAUUUACGUCAUCCGUUCCAUUGUUCAGGUUGAACUUCGUAUUAAGGCUCAUUCAUUCGUUGUCCUUCAAGUUUGUUCUGUGAUACUAGCCUAUUUGGCCUGUGCAAAGAAUUUUCAUAUUUAUUUGAUAAAACAGUUAUAUUAUUUCAAAAUGCCACGACGUGGAAGGGCUCCUCCUCCAGCAAAUAGGAUUAGGACGGUCACGGCACCGAAUCCAACCCCGACAUUGCAGACUAAAGCCCCAGUUGCUGCCCCACCGGCACCUGCUCCAGCAGUCCCCUCUCAGCCCAUGAUGGCCCCCCAACAACAGCCCAGCAUGUUCCAACAGAUGGCAGCUACUGCCGGAGGUGUGGCUGUGGGCUCGGCUAUUGGUCACACCGUGGGCCACGCGAUGACAGGGAUGUUCAGCGGUGGCGGUGGCGGUAACGAUGCCAUAGCGGCCCAGCCUGCCCCUGCCCCAGCUGCUGCUGCUGCUGCUGCACCAGCUGGCGCGCCAGCGUGUGCGUGGGAGGUCCAACAGUUCCUGCAGUGCGCGCAGGGACAGAGUGACCUUUCACUGUGUGAGGGCUUCAACGAGGCGCUGCGCCAGUGCAAGAUAAACAAUAAGCUGGGGUCAGGGUUAAAUCAAUGAUAGGACAGGGCAACAAAAUACUGAUUUGAACUCCUACAGCCAGAACUUUAGAAACCAAAUCUCUAGGAUAUCAAAUUAGAUGCGACAAGAUCAAGACGUUAACCAAAACCCAAAUCAGCAGUGAUUUGAACUAUAUUCCAUAGUCUUUUUAGAAAAUAAAUCUUCAAUUUAAUGUUUUUCUUCAUGUUUUUACCUUUUUUCUCUACUGUUGUUAAAAUGUUUGUUAAAUAAUGUUAAUUGUAUUAAAAUAACAGUGUU